CGUCAUUGUCCCCCGCCGGGCGGCUGGGCUGUGUGCGGCGGCAGCGGCGGCCGAAGGGGAUGGAGCGAGCGCCGAGCCGGGUCAGAGUUGAACAAUGACCAUAGUUGACAAAGCUUCUGAAUCUUCAGACCCAUCAACCUGUCAGAAUCAGCCUGGCAGUUCUGAGGCAGUCUCACCUGAAGCCAUGGAUACAAGUUCUGCCAGCUGGGGUGCUGUGUCUUCAUUAAAUGAUGUUUCAAAUCACACACUUUCUUUAGGACCAGUACCUGGUGCUGUAGUUUAUUCGAAUUCAUCUGUACCCGAUAAGUCAAAGCAAUCACCACAAAAGGAUCAAGCCCUAGGUGAUGGCAUUGCUCCUCCACAGAAGGUUCUUUUCCCAUCUGAGAAGAUUUGUCUUAAGUGGCAACAAACUCAUAGAGUUGGAGCUGGGCUCCAGAAUUUGGGCAAUACCUGUUUUGCCAAUGCAGCAUUGCAGUGUUUAACUUACACGCCACCUCUCGCCAAUUAUAUGCUGUCACAUGAACACUCCAAGACAUACAGACACACCCAGGCCACCACGUUUGUUUGUCAGAUAUUUGGAGGAUACCUACGAUCUAGAGUCAAAUGUUUAAAUUGCAAGGGCGUUUCAGAUACUUUUGAUCCAUAUCUCGAUAUAACCUUGGAGAUAAAGGCUGUUCAGAGUGUUAACAAGGCAUUGGAGCAAUUUGUGAAGCCGGAACAGCUUGAUGGAGAAAACGCGUACAAGUGCAGCAAGUGUAAAAAGAUGGUUACAGCUUCAAAGAGGUUCACUAUACAUAGAUCCUCUAAUGUUCUUACGCUUUCUCUGAAACGAUUUGCAAAUUUUACUGGUGGAAAAAUUGCUAAGGAUGUGAAAUACCCUGAGUAUCUUGAUAUUCGGCCAUACAUGUCUCAACCAAAUGGAGAGCCGAUUAUCUAUGUCUUGUAUGCAGUGCUGGUACACACCGGCUUUAAUUGCCACGCUGGCCAUUACUUCUGCUACAUCAAAGCUAGCAAUGGCCUCUGGUAUCAAAUGAAUGACUCCAUCGUAUCUACCAGUGAUAUUAGAUCGGUACUUAGUCAACAAGCCUAUGUGCUCUUUUAUAUCAGGUCCCACGAUGUGAAAAACGGAGGCGAACUCGCUCAUUCCGCCCACAGCCCCGGCCAGUCCUCUCCCCGCCCAGUGAUCAGUCAGCGGGUCGUCAACAACAAGCAGGCCGCGGCAGGGUUCAUUGGACCACAGCUUCCCUCUCACAUGAUGAAGAAUCCACCUCACCUGAAUGGGACUGGACCACUGAAAGACACACCAAGCAGUUCCAUGUCAAGCUCUAAUGGAAAUUCCAACGUCAACAUGGCUAGUCCUGUUAAUGCUUCAACUUCUGUUCAAAACUGGGCAGUUAACAGGUCUUCUGUUAUCCCAGAACAUCCCAAGAAGCAGAAGAUCACUAUCAGUAUUCACAACAAGUUGCCUGGUCGCCAAGGCCCAUCUCAGCCUAACCUUCAUAGCAAUUCUGUGGAGAACCCUAACAAGCCUGCUCCCUCUUCUACCAUUACCAAUUCUUCUGCAAUACAGUCUACCUCGACUACAUCUAUGAUGUCAGUUUCUAGCAAAGUAACAAAACUUACUACCCCAAGUGAAGCCCGUUCCAAGCCUGUGAUGAAUGGCAAGUCCAAGCUGAACUCCAGCGUGUUGGUUCCCUAUGGCGCUGAGUCAUCCGAAGAGUCUGACGAGGAGCCCAAGGGGCUGGGCAAGGAGAAUGGUGUCAGUGCCAUCUCGAGCUCCCUCUCUCCUAGCCAAGGUGCUGAAGAUGAUGAGGUCUCACAGCAUGAGCUCCAAGAACCUAUUACCCUAAAUGGUGCUAACAGUGUAGACAGUGACCCGAAAGAAAAUGGUCUGCCAUUUGAUGAUGCCGAUUGCCAAGUCCAGCCUGCUCUACACUCAGAAAAUCCCUUUUCUAAAGCAAAUGGUCUUCCUGGAAAGUUGAUGCCUGCUCUGUUGCCAUCUCUCCCAGAAGACAACAUCUUAGAGACCUUCAAACUUAGCAAUGCAGUGAAAGCCUCGAUGGAUGAAACCAGUACACCUGGAGCUGAGGAAAACCCUCCCGAGGAGCAGGACAUGGAAGUUGAGGCCUGCAGCCCCUCUGAUGAUUCCGAAGAGAAGCUGGAGACAAUCGAGAGUCUGAGCAACAAGUUAAAGAAGGUUUUGUCAUUUCCUGACUCCAGCGUCGUAUCUACCAAAGAAGAAGUCUCUGAAAACAGUUCAGCAAAACCUGAUGAAUCUUCGUCCGGUAUCAACAUUCUUUGUAACACCAACAAGAAUACCCUAGGCGAUGAUCAGAUUUCUAAACCGUGUGACCCUGGGGACUUAACAGAUGACCAGAGCAAACCAUCCCUAGAUGUAAAAGGGACAUUAGUCGAGAGUCCACAGGACGCGGUGUCAGCGGAAACUGUGGAGAAAUUGAGCCCAGCUCCCUUGGCGCAUUCAGAAGAUGGACGUGAGUGUCCGAUCCUGGCUUACCUGGGGAGAGACGGAGGCAAGGACGCGGAAGACUGUCCCAACAGUGCGGGCGUGUGUGCCGAGCGGCUGCCCUCUCCUCAGCCAGACAAGACCACAGGAGAUCCUUCAGAAGGGGAUGCUGAGCAGAGCCGUGCGGAGAGAUGUGAUGAAAGUAAGGUGGGACAAAAGGUCCGGGAUCGUUCUCCAGUUAAGGAAAAGAUCAGCAGCCUAAGAAAAGUCGAUCGAGGACAUUAUCGUAAUCGAAGGGCUCGUUCUUCCAGCGGAGAACACGCAAAGGAAAGUAGGAGCAAAACUGAGGACCGUUAUUAUAGAAAGCACCGCUCCUAUGUCCGAGAGCGGUCCAGACAGGACCGCUACACCACAGAGCACUGCAACGGGAGCCAGCACCACCUCAACCAUGGUGACAGAGUCAGCCCUGGCGAACGCCACUCUCUGGUCAGGUACAGCUACCACCACUCUCGAAAUAGAAGCGGAUCUGACCAGGACUGGAGCAGGUACCACCAUGCAGAAGGUGAACACAUCUGGGGCCGGGAGAAAUACUACCCAGAUAAAAUGAGGUGGGACAAGUGCAGGUACUACCACGACAGGUACGCUCCUUACACAGCCAGGGAGGCUCGGGAGUGGAAGCCCUUCCCUGGAGGCCGUGAGCCCGACAGAGCAGGGCAGCGCCAUGGCCGGCUGCACAAGGACUACUACAGGAGCCGCAAGGACUAUGAGGUGGCUGCCAAAGAGAAGGUACGGCACCAUCUUAGCAGCCCCCGAGCAGGCCCGCCCGACCCCCUUCCCCUCUACCCCGAGAAGUUCUCACAUGACAAAAUUGCACUCGGAGCCGAAGACAACAGUUGUAACCUCUCUGAUCGGUUUCAUGAACACGAUAAUGUAAAGUCACGGAAAAGGAGAUUCGAUGAUGUAGAAAAUAAUGACAGUCACAUAGAAAAGAAAGCCCAGAGAAGCUUACAAAAGGAUCCCUUAGAAGAGCCUAAAGUGAAGAAGCACAAAAAAUCAAAGAAGAAAAAGAAAUCCAAAGACAAACACCGAGAUCGCAAUUCUAGGCAUCAGCAGGAGUCAGACCUUUCGGUAGUUUGCUCUGAUGUCGACCUCCACAGACACAAAAAGAAAAAGAAGAAAAAGAAGAGACAUUCAAGAAAAUCAGAGGACUUUUUUAAAGAUUCAGAACUACACUUACCUAAGUCCUCCGGCUAUGAGACUGUUGACCGUUUCCGGAGAUGCGAGGGCGGCUUUCUACUCACCGAUGGCCUGCUUCUGGAAGGGGCUGGACCUUUCCGUGAGAAAACAAAGCAUUUAAGGAUGGAAAACAGGGACAACAGGGGUCAUCUGUUUGAGUAUGGCCAGGGUAAUUGAAAACUCGGCCUCAAAACAAAAAAUUCACUAGUUAUGAUUCAACGUGUUCAACAGAAGCCAUCCCCAACCCAGCUUAAAUUAUAAAUACGGAAAAUAACUUUGUUCAAAUCUGCGUGGUGCUUCUUUAGUAAAUAUUGUACAGAUUUUACCAUGGAGAACUUUUUUUUUUAGUUUUUACCUUUUCUUAAUUACCCUUCCGAAAGGAUGAACACUUUCUACAACAACUGCUGACCAUUGUAAAAUACCGUGUAUAUAAAUCACAUUGAAAAUAAUGCCCUGGAAUAGAACAUCUCAAAUGCUGCUUAAUUACAGACUCAGGUUGAUUACUUGUAUUUCAUGUAAUGUUCCUCCAAGUUAGACAUCUGGUGCAAGACCAACCGGGAAACCAUG